AUGGCUGAACGCAAGAGCCCCGCCAAGCAAGACCUCGACGACUGGGAGGAGGUCGCUGACAAUUAUUCCGUCGUGUCCCUCUCAUCUUCCGAUGAGGACGAGGACACCGCCCCGGCCACAUCGUCGUCGAAGGCGCCCCGCGAUGCCCCUCCCGAUUACACAGAGAGCCGGGAGAAGAAGCCACCCAAUACACCUACGAGUCUUUCUCAGCCCGCACCAAGUCGAUGCUCGUCAUCAGAGGCGGCCAAGAACACCUCUCGCGCCGCGGCACCCUUCAACCGGUUUGUAACCUCUUCCCCAUCGACCGCCGCUCCCGAUCAAGCCUUAGGACAGGGAUCGCCUAUUAUUGGUACGAUUACAAGCACAACCGAGGCUGUCCUGGCACUCUCCCCCAGCAACAGAAACGCGAUGACGGUGGAGACCUCAAAAGAAGUUGGACGACAUGGCGAACGCACACCUGCGGAGAGUGCUGGCUCUUCCGAUCGCCAUUCAAUCCUUGAGUGGUUCGGAACAUCUAUGCGCCGCCAAGCCUCCUCACUUCCCAUGCCUUACAUCUCCAACGAAACAGCCGAGGAUAGCUUCGAAUCCACAUAUAGGCCAUCCACUGACAAGGAGAUGGAGGAGGCUGCUGGGAAGUUUGGUCGCUUGAGGAUGAACUGCGGUUCUCCCGAGGACGGCGAGUCGUCAAGCAAACCUGAGGGUACGCUGGGCGAGACCCUCGAUCUGGAUGAUUCCUCGAUGGAUCCUGUCUGUAUUGGUAAAACACUCGAAUCGCUGUACUAUUACAUCACGGAUACUCUCCGCCGUACCGGCGAGCAACUCGCCGGUCUAAACGACAGCCUCAAUGUCGCCAGCAGCUGUCACGCUUUGAUGACGCAGAUUAGCGAGCUUCGUCCCAUCCUUACCGAGUAUGCGAAUCAAUGGGAGAAGCCGCUGGGAGCGAAAGAUAUACCACUCGACCCUAGUCUCUCUUUGUGGCUGUCGUCACUGCAGACCACUGUCUCGAAGCUGCGGAGGAAGAGCAGACUUUGGACACGCCAUGCCAAUACCGAGGAGGGCAAGAAGGUCCACUCGGCCUUACUCAGGUUGGAUGCCGCGCUGGACAACCACGUCAAACAAAUGAACGACUUCUUGCCUAUCAUACAUGUCGACUUCAACGACUAUCGGACGCAGCAUAUGUCUUUUCCCAUCGAAGAGAUCGAUGAAGAGGCCAUGAGUCCCAAGUACACAGAUACCAUUCCACCCCGGCGUACCGACCGCCUCUCCCAAGUUCGGAAUGCAAUAUACUCCUUGAAGGACCAAUUACAGAAGACGGUAGAGAUGAUGGCAAUCUGUCAAAACUUUCUCCCAGAGGCUGCGUCGACUACUGCCUCCGACAUUGUGCGACGUUUGGGGUCUACGUUCAAUGCAGCGUCUCUCGCCUUGACCAACAACGGUUCCGAGUGGCUCGAUAGCGACCUUGGCCGCGCCCAAAUCGGAUUGUUGUCUCAUGCGGAGUUUAGCAAUCUGGACCCCAGCACUCUACACGAUUUCAAGGUCCGUCUGCAGCAGAUCUGCAACUUAGUGUCUAGCCCUGCGGACGGCCAUCAAUGGACCGACGAGAUGGUGCGCAGCCACUACGUGUAUAUGCUCGUCGAACAGCAGCAGCUUGACGCUCUGUGCAACAUUGCUUCCAUCUUGGAAGACUUGAUGAUGCCUAAGCACCUAAAGACCAGAACCGAAUUUGAUGAUUUUAUGAAGGAGAUGUAG